AUGGAGAAUAAUGAUAUAAUAAAAAGUAAAGAUGAAGAGAUUUUGAAAUUACGUAAAUUAGCAUCAAUUUUUAAAAAUGAAUGUAAAAAACUAAAAGAAGAAAACGAAUACUUGAAGAAAGAUGCAGUAUUAAAUACAAAAGAGAUAAGUGAUAAUACAAAUGAUGAAGAUAUUAUUUUAAAAUUUAAAAAUGAAUUUAGUAAGAGAAUUGUAAUUGAAAAAAGUUAUAAAAAGUUAAAAGAAUUUACAUUAUUAUUAGAAAAAAAAAUUCGAAAUCAAAAAAAUGAAAACAUUGAAAAAUGUAAAGUCUUAGAGGAUAAAUUAAAUGAAUGUAAUAAAAAUUUAAAAAUAAGUAAAAGUGAAAAUGAAAAUUUAAAAGAAAAAAUUAAAGAAAAAGAUCUGACAAUACAUAAAUUAAAUGAUAAAAUUGAAGAAUUUAGAAUGUACAUGAAAGGGGAAAAAGAUUUGAAUUCUUUAGAAAGUAAAAUUGAUGAAACAAUUGAAUAUAAAUUAGAAAUAAAAAAAUUAAAAGAUAAUAUUGAUAUAUUAAAAAAGAAUGAUGAAAUAACUUCAAAGGAAAGACAACAAUAUAAAAAUAUGAUUAUUCUUUGUUCACAGUAUAAAGAAAAAUGUAAAAAGUUACCCAUAUUAGAAAGUAAAAUUGAUAUACUAGAAAAUAAAAUAAAAGAAUUAGAAUUGUAUAAAAUUAGAGAUAAAGAAAAAUUUGAAAAUAUUAAAGAAUUAAAAAAUUGCAGUUUAAAACAACAAAUAGAAAAUAACAAAUUAAAAGAACAGUUGAAUGAAUGGAUAAACUUUUCAAAAAUAUAUAUAAAUAAUAAAGAAAUAAAUGUUGAUAACUUAAAAAUAAGUAUGAAUGAAAUAUAUAAUAAAUAUAAUCAAGUAAAUUCAACAAAGACGGAUUUAGAGGUAAAAUACAAAAAGUUAUCCAUUGAUAUAGAAAUAUAUAAACAAAAUCUAGAUGAUAAAAUAUUAGAAUUAAAAAUUAUAGAAAAUAGACAUAAACAAUUAGAAAAGAAGUAUGAGUUUCUUAAAAGAGAUUAUAUAAAUGAAGUAAAUAAAAAUAUAUCAAGUAAUAAAAAUAAUAGCUCUAAUAAAGAUCAUAAAAUAGUUGAAAAUAAAGAAGAAAAAGAGGAAAAAGGAGAAGGAGAAGAAAGAGAAGAAUACGAAAAACAACAGCAAAAAAAAAAUGAAAAUAUUGUAAAAAUGCUAAAUGAUUAUAAGUUAAAAUAUGAUUCAAUUAAAAGUGAUAAUAUAGAAAAAGAAAAAUUAAUAGAAGAAUUAUAUGAAAAAAUAAAAAAAUAUAAAAAUGAAUAUGAGAAAUGCUAUUUAAAACAAAAAAAUUCUGAGGUUUUUUCUCAGGAACUUUUAUUAUAUGAAAAAGAAAUUAAAUAUUUAAAAGAAGAAAUAGAUAAUUACAAAAAUAAGAUUCUGAAUUUAGAAAAUGAUUUAGUUCAUGUAAACAAUCAGUGGAAUCAUGAUAAUGAGAAAAAUGAAAUUAUUAUAAAUGAGCUAAAAGAAUCAAUAAAGAAAGUACAAUUUGAUAAUAAAAUAAAAAAUAAUGUAAAAAAAAAUAAUGAAAUUACAAAUGAAAUUCAUAAUAAAAUGUAUGAUAUAAAUAUCUUAUAUAAAGAUAUUGAUGAUUUAAAAACAUAUGAUCAGAUUGAAUUAACAACAUUACGAAAUGAAAAUUUAUAUUUAAAAUCAAAAAUUGAAGUUAUCAAGUUUUUUUAUUCCAACCAAAUUAAAAAUUAUAGAGAAGCUUUUUUAUAUAUAUUAGGAUGGGAUAUACAAAUUGAACAGAGUAAUGAAGAGAUUUUUUUUAUUUUGACUUCAUUAUUUUCAACACAUGAUGGGCAAUUUAUAUUUAUAAAAAAUAAGUGUAUUAAUGAAAAAAGAUCUUAUGAAAAUCAAAAUGAAAAUUGUCGAAGCUUAAAAAAAAUGAGAUUAGAACAUAAUGAACAAAAGCCAACAGAAUUCGACACAAAUAGUGAAAAUAAAAAAAAUGAAAUUGAAAAGGAAAAAGAAACUCAAGAAAAUGAGGAAGAUAAAAAGAAAAACCCAAAUGAAGAAAACGAAGAAAAAAAUAAAAAUUAUGAAAAUUUUAGUGGUACUAAUGAAAAUAAUAAUAUUGAAGAAAAUUUUUAUGAUGGAAUAAUUAAUGAACGAAAUGAAAUAGAUACUAAUACAAUUAUUCAAAAAUCAAAAUUAAAAGAUACUAAUAUUAAUAUGGCUACAAUAAUGAAAGGUAGCAAAUAUAAUUUAUUAUUAAAUGGUUAUUACAGUAUUAAGUGGCAAGAAAAUAUUGAAUGGAGAAAAUAUAUAAAUAAAAUAAAUACAUAUCCUAUUCUUUUAUCAUUAUCUUGCAUAGAAGAAUAUAAUUUUAUUAAAUCACAAUACAAUAAUAGCUUAAGUAAAAAUUACAAAGGAAUGCUCUUUAAAAUAUAA